GGUGCCCGGCUGUCAUGUCAGGAGCUCUGUGAAUGAGCUGCUGCUGCUGCUGAGGCGUGCAGCUCCUCAGCAGAGGAAUAAAUCCAGAGUCCAGAGCACCUGCAGAGGCCCGAGGAUCCCGAAGGAGCAGAUAUCCUCCAAGAGAUGGACCCAGUUUGGACCACCACCGUUCUCCUGGUGCCACUUGUAGUCGUGCUAACAGCUGGAGUUUUCUUCCUCUAUAGCGCUGUUAUCGGUCUGUUGUCCAAAACAUCAGUACGCAAUAAGGUGGUGGUUAUAACUGAUGCUUUGUCGGGCCUUGGAAAAGAAUGUGCAGGUGUGUUUCACAAAGGAGGGUCGAGGUUGAUCCUCUGCGGAAAAAGCUGGGAGAAACUUGAAGAACUCGCUGAUGAUUUGGCAAACGCAUCAGACCCGACUGUAACGUUUCCUCCUAAACUGGUGCUUCUAGAUUUUGGAGAUAUGGACAGCAUGCCCGAGGUGAUCGAAGAGAUCCUCGAGUGUUACGGCUGCCUGGACAUCCUCAUCCUCAACAGCAGCAUGAAGUUUAAAGCGCCUGUACAAAAUGUGUCUCUGGAGAUGGACAAGUUGCUAAUGGACAACAACUACUUUGGACCGACCACACUGGCCAAAGGUGUGCUGCCCUCCAUGAUCUCCAGGAGAACCGGUCACCUGCUGCUGAUCAACAGCAUCCAAGGCAAACUAGCUGUGCCUUUCCGUGCUACAUAUGCAGCCUCCAAACAUGCCGUUCAGGCUUUCUUUGACUCCCUGAGAGCCGAAGUGGAAGAGUACGGCAUCUCUGUCAGCACCAUCAACCACACCUUCAUCAGCCCCUCUUCAUCUGAGAGCACGGAGGCAGCCUCCUCCAAAUCCAUCUGGUCCUUGCUGUACACGAAGAAACCACUCGGCGUUUCUCCAGACGAGGCAGCGACUGAGAUUGUGAAAACUCUAAGCAACAAGAGGAAAGAGGUGGUAAUUGCUCCCUCGCUCCCCAAGGUGGCCAUCUACGCCAGGUCCUUCUUCCCUAAUGUGUUCUUUGCCGUGAUGGCUGCAGGAGUGAACAAUGCUGCCGCCUCCGAGAAGAUGUAGAGCUGCUUUAACGUCACCGUGAUGAGCGAUGAUGUUUAUGACAGGGUGAAACCCAUCAGUGGAAAUGUUAAAAAUGAAGAAUGGCUGCAAGCUGAUGAUCUCACAGUCGCUCGUUCAUCCAUGCAGUCUGAAAAUAAUAUUGAUGAUCUGUUGUUUGUGUGGAUUAAUGUUUAGUCCUGAACCUCCAGACUGCAUCUCAGUUUUCGUCUUAAAUUAAAAAGCUCUUAAACGUGUGAAAAAAAUGAAAAUGUAUCUGUUCUUGUAUUUGUGGACAUUUAGAGCACAAAUAAAAGUAUUUAUGUGUAA